GAAGACGUGAGUUUACUGCAAGAUUCUCCACUGUCCGGAUAGACGUUUGGGGAAGCCACAGGAAAAUCCCUGGCUGGAUAGAGAAACUCUCUGAUUUAAGGAGUGCAGUUACUGCUCUUGACUUCAGCACUGAAAACCUGCCAGCAUCUCUCUGAAAUCCUCUUUCAGACACAGUUUUGUCUUUGUCAUCUCUCCUCGAUCCAGCACAAUGACUCAUAUAGUCCCCAAAAGCAAAGCUCCAGGAGCCGAUUUCUGCGGAGUGGAUAAUAACUAUUACAUUGUCCGCUCCGACCUGGGCUGCUACAUGAAGUCAUCCAAUUUCAACCACGGCUACGACCUGGAAGUGUUUAGCCUGCAUACUUCUUGCCGGGGUGGGGAUCACUACUUAGCCCACGAGGAUAACUUAUUCUACAUCAUCAAAGGAAACAAGUAUCGCCGUGUCAGUAGCAUGACUAAGGAUACUGGCUCUAUCGUGUACAGCCUUCACCCCAACUGUCAAGGAGGGGACCACUACCUCUCUGCCUUUGGAGCCUUCUACAUUAUUUUCCAGGGCAGAGGUGUUUACCGCAGGGUCUCUAAUAUGAAUACAGAUGAAGAUGCAAUUGAAUAUACCCUUCAUCCAGACUGCCAGAAUGGCCUUUAUUACUGGGGUGUGAAGGAUUACUACUACUUUGUGCAACCGCAUGAUGAAUGGGGGAUCCAGUACACUAGGUGCACUGACUUCCAUCAAAACACAGAUGCUACUUCUUUUUCCUUCCAUGGGAGUGUGGUCCCCUUUAUCCCUGGAGGGCUGGCCAUUAACGAAGGCGCAGCUUUUGGUAAAUGGGAGGCACUCAAGACCAUCACCAACAACUCUGACAGUCCCAUCGUAUGGAACAAGAAGCUCACUAAGAAGGUGGGAUACAACAAGAAGAAGAUGGACAGUGUGGAGCAGAGCUGGAAAAUCAGCAUGAGUGCCUCGUAUCAGGCGGGGACCCUCACUGAAGCCAUUGCCAAGUACCAGUUCUCCCUUUCUGCUGAAUAUGGGGGGAAAUCUGUCCAAACCCAGCAGGAAGACUGGAAUGAAACCACAGAGGUGGAAGAAUCUGUUCAUGUGACCCUGCAGCCCCAAAGCCAGAUGUUUAUAUGGCAGUACCAGCUGGGCUUGGGUAAUGAGCCUGUCUUGUUCUGCCGCGACAUGAUGUUUACAAAUGAUUCCACCCCACCCUCAACUGUUCCUCUGCCGCCUUCGAGUAAUUAACAGAGGAAGCUCAGGAGUGCUGAAUGGUUUGCUCUCUGUCGGCUGCAUUUAAUAAAAUUUGAGCUG